GCGAGCUUCGGGCCUUCGGCGUCUGGCGAAUGGGAUUUUUAAAUCCCCCAAUGCUUCUGCAUCCUCCGAUUGGCAAUCGACGGGCGAGGCAAUCCUUGCCUGGAACGCAGCGGAGUCCACGUUCAGUGUCUCCCCCGAUUAGGCAUCGGAGACAAUGCGGCGUGACGCGAUGUGAUGUGGGCAUGGAUUCCUAGAACUCCACGAGAGUAGCGACCGCGCACUCCCGUUCCCGGUGACCGAGUGCUCUGAUUUAGUACAAGGUAGAGUCAGAAGUUUCAGAUUUUGGAGGAUCGAGCGUGGGAGCGUGCGAAAGUUAGGCUUUUGAAGGGAUUUGUUUUCUCGGCGAUGCUUUUUUUGCUCCUUCACCGUUCGAACGGUGGUUCUGUGCGGGCAACGAGCUGAAGCAAUUCCAUCCAAGUUUCUGAAUGGUCAUUUUUUAGUAUGUUGAUGCGAUGAAGUUUCUUAUCCAAACAUCAAGAGCAUUCUACCAUGGGCUGUUGCUUCUGCCUUUACUCUCAUUUGGUUCUGCUACAGAGCUUGAGUUUCCCCUCUGUGAUUGCGAUGGUGACAGACUGUGGAGCAUUGAGGGAAUCCGAAACUGCCAGAAAGCGAGCGACUUGUUGAUUGCAGCUGCAUAUUUCUCCAUUCCACUUGAACUAUUGUACUUUGUUACAUGCUCAAAGCUGUUCCCCUUCAAAUGGAUCCUUUUUCAGUUCAGCGCAUUCAUAGUUCUUUGCGGAAUGACCCACUUGCUCAAUGUGUUCACAUACAAGCCCCAUUCCUUCCUCUUAGUGUUGGCUCUCACCAUUUCCAAAUUCCUCACAGCACUUGUCUCCUUCUUGACUGCAAUAACCCUCUUGACUUUGAUCCCUCAGCUUCUAAAAGUCAAAUUGAGGGAGAAUUUUCUGAGGCUAAAAGCUCAUGAACUGGACCAGAAAGUAGGGCUGAUGAAAAGGCAGGAAGAAGUGAGCUGGCACGUGCGAAUGCUUACUCAAGAAAUCCGAAAAUCACUAGAUAGGCACACCAUUUUGUACACUACCCUGGUUGAACUCUCAAAGACUCUACAGCUGCAAAAUUGUGCUGUGUGGAUGCCAAAUGAGAGUAAGUUGGAGAUGGUUCUUACUCACGAGCUGAAUAGGAGCUCUUCUGACUUUUGUAUACGUUCGAUUCCUAUGCACGAUCCAGAUGUGUUUGAAGUCGAGAAGUAUGAUGGAGUCAAGAUACUGAAGCCUGAUUCUACACUAGGUUCUGCAAGCAGCGGCGCAGCUGGUGAAUCAGGGGUUGUUGCUGCAAUUAGGAUGCCUAUGUUGAAAGUUUCUAAUUUUGAAGGUGGAACACCUGAGGUUUUUCAAGCACACUAUGCUAUAUUGGUUUUGGUUCUCCCUAAGAAUGAUACUAGAAUUUGGAGCCACCAUGAGCUAGAGCUGAUUGAAGUUGUUUCUGAUCAGGUUGCUGUUGCCCUGUCCCAUGCUGCAGUUUUAGAGGAAUCACAUGUGAUCAGAGACAAAUUGGUAGAGCAAAACAAAGCUUUGUUACAGGCAAAGCAAAAUGUAAUGAUGGCAAGCCAGGCAUGGAACUUAUUCCAGAAGGUCAUGAGCCAAGGAAUCAGGAGGCCUAUCCAUUCGAUCGUGGGUCUCCUGUCACUCAUGCAACAAGCAAAUUUGUCUCUUGAACAGAGGCUGACAGUGAAUGCUAUGGCAAAAACGGGUAAUGUGGUUUCCACUUUGAUCAAUGAUGUCAUGGUGAUUAACAGGGAACACUUUACAUUGGAAAUGAAGCCAUUCCAGCUACAGUCACUGAUCAAGGAAACUGCUUGUGUUGCUAGGUGUCUUUGUGAUAGUAGGGGAUUUGGUUUUGAAUUUCUGGCUGAGAAUAUGGUGCUUGGUCAGGCUAUUGGUGACGAGAGGCGGAUUCUUCAUGUUUUGUUGCAUAUAAUUGAUGGUUUGCUGAAUGAAUUCAAUGGUGGAUGUUUGACUUUUUGUGUAAGGAGUGAUUCAGAACUAGCAGAUUGGGAAGAUGCAAGAGGGAUUUGGAAAUCAAGAGUACCAAAUGUGUAUACCUUCCUGAAGUUUGAGAUUACAAUCACACAAUCAUUUGGCCUGUAUUCAAACACAUUAGUUCAGUUCAACAGAAAGCCUUGCAGGGAGGGGUUUAACAUUGGUUUCAGCUUCAGCAUGUGUAAAAAAAUUGUGCAGCUGAUGCAAGGAGAAAUCUUCAUAGUUCCGAGUUCAGAUGGGCUACAGGAAUGUGUAACAUUGAUUCUCCGCUUACAGAAGCAACUUUCCAUGCUAAUUUCUGAAUCAGGAGCUUCUUCAGAGAGUCAUCAUUCAUAUUCCUCUCUUUUAGAAGGCCUCAAAGUUUUAAUUGUGGAUGACAGUGCCAUCAAUAGAGUUGUAACGCAAAAGCUUCUGAAGAAGCUUGGCUGCUGUGCCUUUUCUGUAUCAUCUGGUACUGAAUGCCUGAUCUAUCUCGAUUCCUUUGACCAACAAUUGCAGCUGGUUAUUUUGGACCUCAGCAUGCCAAAUAUGAAUGGUUAUGAAGUUGCCACGAAAAUUCGUAGUUCAAGAGAUGGGUGUUGGCCUUUGAUUAUUGCUUUCACAGCAAGUACUGAUGAUCAUGUUUGGAAGAAAUGCAUGCAGUCAGGGAUGAACGGUCUGAUCCGGAAACCUGUUCUUCUACCAGAACUAGAGAAGGAGAUCCUGAGAGUGUUUGAAAUAAACUGUCAGUUUCAUUCACAAUAAAUUUUUGUUGAAGGCAGCAGCAUGUUGACAUUACAACUAUUUUGAUUAAUCGAUUCUAUAUGAUAUAUGUCUUAUCAAAGGAUACUUCUUAGUGCCAGCUAUUUCAGCAAUUUAUUUUAUCAGCCUCACUUCUUGUCCACUAACUGAGGUUUAUCCAAGAUGAUGCUUCAAUCAUUCGACAAAACUUCCAUCAUCCUGGCUCAUUAUAGGUAGG